ACAGUGCCACCUAGUGGCCUGGAUCGGAACGGCGCUUCACCUGUAACCGAAACAUUGAAUUAGACUUCGAAACAGUUAAAGCGGACAAACACAUAGAAAGUUGGACUUUCUGCUGGACGUUUUAUCUUAGUUGGAAACUUUUAACUUUACAAGUCGGCUCAGAGUGCGAAACCGCCGACUUUUCCGUCUCUACUGCUCCUCUGGUGCCGACGUAAGCUAAACAGCGACUGAAUCAGGAAAUCCGGGGAUUUUUUUUUUAGUCUGAAAAGUUGAAUGGAAAGAGGAUACGGCGCCUUUUAACGACAUAUAAUGAAGAACCACAGAUGUUAACGCGUACAAAUAAUAUAUUAAUGUAGUUUACUCCAUUGUUGUUACCCUACAAACUUAUCUUUGUAAAUUUGCCGUUCGCUACCCGGAACACCUGGAUUUUCACUUUGCGGGUGAGAGGGAUGGAUGUUCCUCAUCUCACUGAAGAUGAAAUGGCAGAGAUUAAAAAGGACGUGCUGACCAGACUGCGGCACUACCUCUGCGACAAGAUCAGGGCGGAACGCCACCUCGACUACCUGCGCUCUCGCAGAAUCUUGACUCGGGAUGACGCGGAGGAAAUCAGCUGCAGGACCACGCAGACCAAGAGGACGGCCAUGUUGUUGGACAUACUGGCUGAGAACCCUCGGGGCCUGGAUGCCUUGACCGACUCCAUAAGGGAGAUGCGCUCGCAAAACUUUAUCAUCGCCAAAAUCACGGAUGAGGUGCAGAAGGCCAAAAACGAGAAGCUCGAGUCUCUCAGAGUGGGGGCUUCCUGUUCAUCGCCCGACAGCACCCUCAACACUCCGAGCACAACCAGUGACCUCUCCACCAUAUUUUCACACAACUCCACCUUGCUCCUCCACCCAGAUGGAGAACGAAGCCCUUCCACUUCGGACGUGGCAGACGUAUCACUCAAUCUGCCAUCGUUACAGAAAAGUGGUGUCUCGCCCUCCGUGGCUGGUGCUAGCAUCGGUGUAGCUUCCUCCACCACCUCCUCCAGCCUCCCGAGACCCGGAGACCCGGGAGCUCCGCCGCUGCCGGAUGAGGUGAUGGUCGAAUCUCCCUCCAACUUAGACGCUGGAACGCCGGGAUGCACCAGCAGCGGAGGGGACCCAAACUUCCAGCCGCUGCGGUCACGCUCGCUCACCCCAACGUCACAUAGGAGCAUCUUUUAAUUUCACAUGUAAACAAGACAGUUGAAUAGGGACAAAUGGGCACAAUCCUCAGCCAACUCAUAUAUGAACACUGUCAUUGUUGUCUCGCACUCUUUUUAUUGUUGCUGUUGCCUUUGAUCAGGCAGUUAGUGAGAAGUUACAAGGGAUAUAUUAUAACUAUAUUAAUGAGGGUUUUGUUUUCUGGGGGCAUAAAAUGGGCUGGCAUAUUGACGGUUUUUGGUGCCAAUUCACAAUGAGGCCAUCUUAGUUUCAAGACACGUUUUUCUCUUAAAUCCCUUUUUUAAUUAAACGAAAGAAGUCUCAUAUCUCAAAUGUUACACUGUCCAGAUGUAAAAGGUUUUUGCUUCAAUUAAGAAAAAGGCAAAAUUCUGAUUUAAACGAGGAAAAAGUUUGGUAAUUAAUACUUUCCUAUACACAUGCCUCAUAUACAUUUCAGUGUAUGGAGGCUUGAUACACGUCAUGAACUAAGAAAGUCUGACUCAUCCCCUCCUACCUGCGCCUCCUCUUUUAUCAAAGGUGUGAUCGUCUGUUAAACUGCAUGUUGUAAAAACGCCUCGGCUGCAGUUUGGGUGCAGUGAGAAAGUUUUGUACACUGGAAUGACUUCUUAAGCCUCCAUGUGGGUAAUAUGAGAUUUCCAUUUCAUUCUAUGGAGCAUUAAGUCAACUAGAAGUUGUAUGUUUUGGGCACUACACAAGUCUUGAAUGUCAAAAACAAUGUGAAAUGCAAACCAUGUCCUUCAUUCACUUGUCAUGUGUGAUAAUCUAUUGCAUACUAAAGGUUUUCGGUAUGAAUUCAA